GGUUUUGUGCUAUUCUGGAAAUCCUUUACGUUGCGCAUCUGUAUCGGCAAAACACAGAUCUGUGUUGUGUGGGCUCCCACAAUAUGUUAGCCGAAUCCGGUGAUUUUUCCACACACGCCAGAAUUGAUCCACCCGGUUCUCGUUCAGCCCAUUAAAGGAAAUCAUCCUCAGUUGUAAAACACAAUGGGGGGACAUCCAUCAACAACCCUUUAAGUAUAGCCUGUAAGAGUCAUCAAGUUUACUAGAGCAGGAUAGAGCAUGGCAUUUGUAGGGGAGUCUCAGACUGAAGGAGAGGGCAGCCCCCAGAUGAUCUCCUUAAGGUCAGACAUAUCAGGGAACCAUGUGGAUGAUGGAGAAUCAGGUCCCUCCAUAAGGAGGAAGAGGAGGAAGAAGAAAGACCCACGUCCAGAGUCCAUUAUUGUCUACCGCUCUGAGAUGGAGAGGGGAUCUGGAGAGGAGCAAGGUGGUGAGGAGGGGGAAGAGAGGAGAGCGGAGGAAGGAGCCAAAUUCCUCUGCACACCUACAGGCGAUGAUGGAGGCUGGAGCCUUCCUCCAGACAGCCGCUACGUCACCCUGACAGGCACAAUAACCAGAGGAAAGAAGAAAGGCCAGCUGGUGGACAUCCACCUCACAUUGACAGAGAAGGAAAUCAGGGAUCUGGCCAAGUCGAGGGAACGUCUUGAUGCAGAGUGUGAGGCAGGUGAAGGCUAUAAACGCUCCUGUGGCUUAGGCGUGUGUCAGGGACCCCACGUUGUGCUGUGGAGCAUCUCCUGCGCCCCUCUGGUUUUCCUCCUCUCCUUCAUCACCUCCUUCUACUACGGCACCCUCACCUGGUACAACGUCUUCCUAGUGUACAAUGAGGAGCGGACAUUCUGGCACAAGAUUACCAUAUGCCCCUUCCUCAUCAUCUUCUACCCCAUGCUCAUCAUGCCCAUGGCUCUGUCUCUGGCUCUGUACUCGGCAGUGGUGCAGGUGUCCUGGGCUGCCAGUGAAUGGUGGCAGGUUGUGAGAGACCUGGAGAAAGGUUUCUGUGGCUGGGCCUGUGGGAAGCUGGGACUGGAGGACUGCUCGCCCUAUAGCAUAGUGGAGCUGCUUGACUCUGAUACGGUCUCUGGAACUCUGCAGAGCAAAGCCCCCAGUGAACUCGCUCAGACAUCAUCAGUGUGAAGCGGGGGAAGCGCAGGCACUUGUUUAUGUAAGCACUGAUUUAUAGUGGCUUGAAAAGCAUGUGCCAGAAAGUUCAAGUUUUACACAGGAAAAUAUCCAAAAACUGUUUUACUUUCUGUAACUUAUCAAACACUGCCUGAAUGGUCCUUAUAUGCUGGACUUUUACUUUGAAUUUUGUAAGGCAUUAUCGUAUCCAGAUAUCUUUAAAUUAUUCAUUGGAGCAUGGGAACAGAAAUGUUGUAAUUUUUUUUAUUUGUAUGUGUUAUGGUUGUUGGAGUUACCUUCUGUAACUGACUCACACUCACAUAACCUUUUUUGAUAUGCAGGCCUUGGUGCUAUCUGUACUAGAGUUUAGAGAAACAUUGAGUAGACACUGAUACACACAUUGUGUAAAAACAAGUUUGACAUUAUCUGUAAAUAGGUGUAAUUUAUUGUAUGUGAUCACUGUACUGUGCACUGACAUCAAAAACAGAACCCAUGUCAGAAUCAAAGCUGUCUUAUUUGUGAAGUCAUUAUUAUCACUCACUGAAGUCGUGUUUGGAGUGAGGCAGGAUUUUCAACAGGAAAAAAUAGAAAACUGCCUUCUGGGCCGCUUAUGAAGGAUUACUGUGUGCUAAAAUUUGACAUCAGGUUCUGUGUCUGCAUCUGAAUAAGGCUGGCAACAAACAAAUCCAAUGAAAAUGCCAAAAACAAACAAUGUGUUACUUCAUGCCUCAUGAAACUGUGACUUAUUUGUUUCAUCUUUAGCUGCAAACUUCAAGCUUAUUGCUUCCUUAGGAAGACAUACAUCUUUCAAAACAGGGUCACAGAUAUAAAGUGCAUUGUGGUGCUAAAACACCUUAGCCCUGCAGAUCUAAGCAUUUCGAAGUGACUCAAAAUGGGUUGAGAUUGAUGGGUUAUUUAUCACUUUGAAAUCAAAAUAAAUCUCUAUGGCUGAAGAUGAAAAAGGUAUUUAAGGCUCUAGAGAGGAAAUUCUUAUUAGAAGGAUUAAUGGUUAUGUUGGUCUUUUUCUGGGUUUUGUCAACAAUAAGAAUAAUAUAGAACCAGCCAUAUCCAUUAGCAUCUGAUGAUAGUGUGCUUACAUGGUGCAUAUUUGUAAAACUUGUUGGGUUUCAUAAUGAGUGCUUGGGCUUUAAGGCUUUAAGGAUAUAAUGAAACAGUGAUGUGUGGUCUGUUGUGUUCUCUGAACUUGAUAGUCAUGUACAUAAUGCAGAGAGAGAGGAAGAAGGAUCUAUAGUGGGUCAUAGGUCAUCAUUGCCCUCGGGCCCAGUCACAAGAUCAUAGCCAUGAAUUCAUCAUAGACAUAGGACAAAACUGACAUACCAGAUAUUUCUUUGGUGGACAUGUGAUGUUUCUGUCACGUUUAUGUUUGUUGCACCAUCAACACUGAUGUUCUUAUCUUACUCUCUCUUACUCUCUACUUGUGUUUUGUUUACACUUUUGGUUCAUACACAAUUAAAUGAAGUUAUUUGUAAUGUUCAACCUGCAAUUCCUGUUACAGUCAACAGACAUACUUUCAAUGUUGAUUUAAUUUAUUUUAAGUAUUUAAUAUAAGCAGAAUGAUGAAUCAUGUUGUUAGGUGUUUUGUACUCCGGCGCUUCUGAACAGCUGUAGUAAAUGAGGUUGGUUUAAAUGGAGCAGAUGGUUGAAUAAUUUGGUUAUUGAAAUGUUUAUCUGACCACUAUGUAAAAUAAAUAUGUUUUAUUUUUAAUACUGAGAAA